CUGAACUGAGAAAGUGAAAAGAUUUGGGUUGGAGCUUCUUCGCAGGUCGCCGUCGGGAGCCGUCGAACGCUCGGGUGGAGAAAAUGGGAAGAAGGAUAUUGAACGACGCUCUGAGGACGAUCGUAAACGCUGAGAAGAGAGGCUUUGCCUCUGCUCAGCUUCAACCCGUCUCCAAUGUCAUGGCCUCCUUCCUCAACAUCAUGAAACAUCGAGGUCUUUUGCAUUUUAUCGAUGUGGUCUCAUUGGACUCAACAAGAAUGGACAACAAUUCAUGGGAAAAUGGAGAAUGUUCUCAAAUACAUUCAUAUGGUGCCCAAGAAAAUCAGACAGGAUAUAUUAAAGAUUUCCAAGUAUAUGAUCCUCACAGAGUUGGAAGGAUAACUGUGGAGCUGCAGGGGAGGAUCAAAGAUUGCCGGGCUCUCAUGUAUAGACAGGACGUUAAAGCCCAAGAUAUUGAGCAGUAUAGAUUGGGUGCACUUCCAACACAUCAGUGGGGGUACGUUGUGAUCACAACACCAAAUGGAGUCCUGGAUCAUGAAGAGGCAAUCCGGCAAAAUGUUGGCGGCCAGGUUUUAGGGUACUUCUAUUAAACGUUUCGUGUAUGCUUAAGAAGUGGGAACCAAUUUGUUUCAUACUCCCAUUAGGGCUGGCCCCUUCACUGCUGGCACAAUUUUUAUUACUGAACAAUCUUCUCCAACAGAGGGGGAGAUGUGUAGUUGGUUAAAGUUUUGUUUAUCCUCUUGUUUUUGCCUC